AUUGCUUUCAUGUUGGCUGUACCAGAAUUAGCUACCCCUGGAUACUUAGAAGGAGACAAAUGGGACCAGGUUUUUUUACAAACAGAAAUAAUUCGUUCCACAUAUCAGCCUGUACCAACUAUAGAUGACAACGAAGGUUUUGAAGAUCUUGUAUCGUCUCAUUAUAACAUUGAUAAGACAGUUGAAAAUAUCGUUAGCCUCGCAGACUAUGGUUUUAUAAUGGGAAUUCUCGGAAGUGACAGAAGAUUUAUUUUAAAAGAUGCUACAAAAGAUUUAAUCUUUGCAUUAUAUUAUGGAGCUGUACCAGAAAUUGACACUUUUGCCAAGUUUUGCCGUAUAUUAGGUUUAUUCAAAAAUAUAAAUUUCCCAACUUCAAUUAUAUUAACUGCCGAUGUGGACGAUAAUGAUACUUGCACUAUAACAGACUCAAAAGGAGGAAUUAGCAAAUACAGAUUGGUCGAUGACAUACUUUGUGAAGUACAAGUCGAUCAAGUUGAUAAUGUAAUAGAAUCAUUUACUUUUCAGUUCAUCAAUUGGUAA